AUGUCUACUCUGGCAGACACCACACGACUCAUCCGCCAUGCUCUCAACCAGAGUCUUAAGUUGGUGGAAUCAGACACAGAGGUUAGCACCAUCGAUGUCAACCUCUUGGGAAACCUCAACACUAACCAAUCGCUCAACUACAUUAAAUUGGAACAGCAUCUUAACUCCUUGGAGCUGGACUCCAAAAAGUUGCUGGCGUUGGAGGAGGAAUUGGUGCUGUUGGUAAAUGACUUGGAUCACAUAGAGAAACAAGUUGAAACUCUUCAAGAAGUCGCCACGGAACUUGACCAGUGGUCGAAGGAAGUGGAGCAAAAACUGAGGACGUGA